AUGACAAAGCAUCUUACCGCCGGACAAGAAUUAGAAAUUACUUCGUCGACUGCCAAAUUUUUCAAUCGCUCCGGAUAUCACUUACUUGCGCCGCACAAUCAUCGCAUCAAGGCGUCGUGUAACUACACCAAAGGCUCCAACGAUGGGGAGUUUUUGCAUGUCCAAACGGACUAUACGCACAACGACGACGGGGGGCAAUCAAUUUUCGUUUCAAGUAACUUUACGAAGACGUCGCUGUUUAAUCAUCUAAUUAUAGUGAUGCGAAACACGACGUCUUCGAUAAGUGACGACGACGCAGCAAGUGGUCGUUUCGAGUGUAGGUUACAGGUAGAGAAAAGGGAGCGAUGCGAUUGUGGAUGGGGACGCCCAGUAGAUCGUCGAAUCGUGAACGGGAGUGAGACAGAAAGGAAUGAAUUUCCGUCGGUAGUUGCGAUGAUUCAUGUCCCCUCGAAUUAUACCUUUUGCGGUGGGACAAUUAUCCAUCCGCGGUACAUUUUGAGUGCUGCUCAUUGUUUCGUCUCCCACACUUAUCGGAACAGAUACGAAGUAAAAAUUCUUCUUGGAGCCCAUAAUUAUCACGAUAAAUCCACGAGUUCGUAUCAUACCGCAUAUCAGUUUGAGAAAAUCAUAACGCAUCCAAAUUACGAAACCACGGAACAGGACAACGACAUUUUACUUCUAAAACUUACUCGUGAAAUAAUUUUUUCACGUGGCGUGGGCCCGGCUUGUCUGCCAUGGAAAUUCGUCAAUUACAAUUUUUACGACGACGAUGUUCAAAUGGUAGGUUGGGGAACGACAACUUGGCAUGGCCAGCUAUCUCAGGUCCCGCGAAAAGUAACGCUCAAAGUCAUGGACACAGAUAUUUGCGACAAGAAAAUUGUCUGGGUGAACGAAAAAAAGUUGUGUACGUACGCCGAACAACGAGACGGGUGCCAGUCUGAUUCAGGAGGUCCCGUUUAUUACACAUCGCCAGCAGACAAUCGACAAUACGUCGUUGGCAUAAUUAGUUUUGGCAUCCGGUGUGCUACAAAAAGUCCCGGGGUGAAUACUCGCGUUACUAAUUACUUGGCAUGGAUUGCCAUGACUGUCGAGGAAAACGAGAGAGAUGCUUUUUGUGCCAUUGAAUAA